UGUAGCUAGUGACAAGUUCCUGCUUUGAGUCAGCUCCUGUACAGAGGGAGAGAGAAUUGCGUCAGAGACAAAUUACAGAAGUGGGGAGAAGAGUUGUUGCUUUAUCAAAAGGAGGCGAGUGGUCCUCCCCGCGGUCCAGCACAGCAAACACAGGAUGCCUGCUGUGAAAUUUACCAGGACUAUGUGAAACAACAGGCGGUGGGAGCGAACCUGGCGAAAAUUUCCUGCCCAUCUUCAGACAGAAAUCAGCAAAGAUGAAUCGCAGAGACAGUAAGAGGAAAUCUCGCCAUGAGUAUCAGAGCUCGCUGGGCAGCAAGGCCAUCCAGAGGCAGAGCCGGCGCAGAAUGACCUGCCCCAGUCCGGCGGAGAUCAGCAAGGCCAAAGCCAUUAUGUCCAUGCCUCAGCUCUGCAAGGCUCUGAGCCUGGACGAGCUCAUUCUGAAAUGUGUCCAGUCCUUUGAUACUGAAGGGUGCCUGUGCAGUAGCAGCGAAUCAGUCAACAUAACACUGGUGAUGCACAGUUGGAUCAUCCCAUCGUCAGAAUUCGCUCACAAGCUCCUGGUACUUUACCGAGAUGCUGGAGGGGAGAAGCGCGACCAUCUCCGGGUGAAGAUCUGCCACUUUGUGAGGUACUGGAUAACACAUUAUCCCAUCGUGUUCACUGUGGACAGCAAAUUGGAGGAUGUGAUGUCUCAGUUCUGGGAGCUAGUCAGAAAUGAAGGCGAGGAAUCUCACUGUCAGCUCGUCGACACAUCUAACAUAAACAUGCAUGAAUGGACAUGGAAGUACACGCAGCACGCCACACCCAGCAACAACAAGAAGCGGAAAGUCUCCCUGCUUUUCGAUCACCUGGAGCCGACAGAAUUGGCAGAACACCUCAGCUACCUGGAGUUUAAAUCCUUCUGCCAGUUAACGUACCUGGACUACAGAAGUUACGUUGUGAGUGGGUGUGUGAGGGAGAACCCAGCACUGGAACACUCGGUGUCCUUGGUCAAUGGGAUUUCCCAGUGGGUGCAGCUGAUGAUCCUCAACAGGCCCACAGCAGCUCAGAGAGCCGAAGUCUUCACAAAGUUCAUACAUGUUGCCCAGAAACUGCGGUUACUCCAGAACUUUAACACGCUCAUGGCGGUGAUCGGGGCUCUCUGUCACAGUGCCAUUUCCCGGCUCAAAGAAACCAGUUCGUACCUCUCUCAGGAUGUCACCAAGACAUUGAACGAAAUGACGGAGCUUCUGUCCUCCUGCAGUAACUAUAGCAACUAUCGCCGGGUCUUCAGUGAAUGCACUGGGUUUAAAAUCCCCAUCCUUGGGGUCCACCUGAAGGACCUGGUCUCCUUGAAUGAGGCUCUGCCAGACUACAUCGAGGAUAAGAAGAUUAAUCUGAACAAGCUUCAGCAGCUGUACAGUCGCAUCGUGGAGCUGAUCCAGAUCCAAGGGAGCACACCACCAUUUGAAGCCAACAAAGACCUGGUCCAUCUGCUGACGUUAUCACUUGACCUCUACUACACUGAAGAUGAAAUCUAUGAGCUGUCCUAUGCAAAAGAACCAAAAACUCACCGAACUGUGUCAGUGCCCCCCUGCAAGCCACCGGUGGUAGUCGACUGGGCCUCUGGCGUGGCACCAAAGCUAGAUGCUGUGACAGUCAGCAAGCAUGUCCAGCAGAUGGUGGAUUCUGUCUUCAAAAAUUACGACCAUGACCAAGAUGGAUACAUUUCCCAAGUUGAGUUUGAGAAGAUUGCCGUUGGCUUCCCAUUUUCGUUCCUCAUCUUGGAUAAGGAUCGCGAAGGCCUGAUCAGCAGAGAGGAGAUCACCGCCUACUUCUUGAGGGGCAGUUCCAUCUGCUCCAAGCUGAGGCUUGGCUUCCUGCACAACUUCCAGGAGACCACCUACAAGAAGCCCACCUUCUGCGACAGCUGCGCUGGAUUUUUGUGGGGUGUCAUUAAACAAGGAUACAGGUGUCAGGACUGUGGCAUCAACUGUCACAAACAUUGCCGGGACAUGGUGGUACUGGAGUGCAAGAAGCGUAACAAAAGCCCACAGAGCGAAGGCACAGUGCAGUGUCCCCUGACCCUCUCCCUGUUGACGCCUGUCCCUCAGAAGAGUCACGGAUCUGGUAACGAAGAUGAUAUAUUCACGUACUCUCAGAAUGAAAGUGCCGAGCAUGGUGAUGACAGCAAGGACCACACGAUUGUUGUAAUGGGUCACUUGAAUCAGAAGAUCUCGGUGCGGGUAAAGCCUGCCACAGCUGACAAGGCAACACAGACCGAGCCGGACGACCCAGGCAUCAGGGCACUGGCAGACGCUAGGCCCAACGUAGGGGAGGACCCCAAAUUCCGGCUGGUUCACCCGGGCAGGCAACAGAAAUUCGGCAACGAGGGCAGGGAGGUGCCAGAGUGUGAACACUGGGUACAGAGUCUACAGGAGGUACAGAAGCAAAGGAACCAGCUGGCCCUGGAGAACAGCGAGCUUCGCAGAGUGAAAGCGUGCCUGGAGGCUGAGAACAGCAGGCUCCAGGACCAGGUGUGUGCCAUACAGGAGCAACUGGACACUCUCAGACAGCCCACAGUCACCCUCAUUCUGGAGCAAAUGGAUAACCUCCAGGUGGAGCGUGACUCCAAAAUAUGAACCUGCACUGUGGCCCCGUUCUGCCCGGGAGAAGGGGAAGGCAGGGGGGAGCAGCACUGUUUAAACUAUUAACGCACCCACACGCACUAUCAACAGGAAACCACAUCCGGGUUUUACUCAUAUUUGCUGUGUAGCUUGUUGCUGAAGAUUGGCGUUACCUCAGAGAACGGACUGAUGCGACUCUCGGCCUCCUUCCCCACCCCCCCAU